AGGAAAAAAUAAUGAAAAAUUAAAAAAUUGGAUGACACAUGGAAAAUAGGAAAAUAUGAAAAAUGGCAAAAUGGAAACGAAUUGAGAUUGCUGAAAUGAGAAAUCAGACAAUAACCAUUAUUGGUCAAUUCGAAUGAGGUGGUGAAUUAGGCAAAUAGGCAACUCCCUUAUUUCAAAUACAUAAUGGGAAAAUUACCAAGUUCGGAACGUCCAACAUACAAAUAUAUUACAAAAAGGCAUAAAGUCAACCUGGGUAAUAACUCCCGCCCAUACUAUCCCGCCCAAUACUAUCCCGCCUAACACUCCCGCCAAUCCCUCCCGCCAAUUACUCCCCCUAAUCCCUCCCGCCAAUAACUCUCUGACUUACUGGUUUGGUCAUUAAAACCUGCCUAUAUUAAUCAACCCAGCUGUUUGGCUCAGAAAACUUCCAUCACAUUAACUGCUGCUUACAGUCAUUACCUUCCCCACUGAUUUCACUCACAUCGCAUUUAGUCCCCUGUUGUUCCAAGGAAGUUGUAGACCAGGCAACAAUAAAUAUCAAAGACCAUGGACCAUAACCUCACACCAAACCCAACGCUUUCAAUUACUGAAGGAGGGGAGACUGAAACAGAAGCCAAGUCACCGAAUUCACUCCCUGCAGACUUGGUCCAUGGCAUACAGCAAUGUCGAGGCAAUACCAUGUUUUGGAAAAAUCUUCAUGCAGAGAUAGUUUCAAAAAUUGUGGAGGGCCAAGCUAGAUGGGGUGUCAUAAAAAACCGCACAAUUCGCUCUCGUUAUCAUGCGCGCAUGCAUCUCCUACAUAUAAAGAGAAUGAAAGAAAAAAUUGAAAUUGCCCCUGCCACUGCAAUUAUGGUAUUCAAGGAAUCAGAAGCAAUGGCCAAGUUGAAGCAAGAACAAGUGGAAAGGGGAUUCGAACUAUUUCGUAAAUUUGCAAAAAUUGUGGAUCCGGCAGGAAACUGGGCCUACAUCACUGUGGCCGGGGUCAUGAAUUUCAUGGGUCGCGGUCACCGCACUUGAAGAGUAUGCAACUUCGAAUUUGUCAACAGCAGGGAAAUGGAACUAUGAGGUGGCGUAUUUUUGUAUUAUGUAACGAUGGGGUGGCCUGUUGUUGUAUUAUGUAAGUUUGGAAAUAGGAUUUUAUGGAAUGAUGAAGCCUGUUGUUGUAUUUGUAUUUGUGCGUAUACAGUUUAUCGGUCUCCAGUUCUGUGGCGAUAUAGCAGCAAUAAAUAUGCAAUAAAUAUGCGGAUAGUGGCAAUAUUAUGUCAAUAUCAGUACAAUAGAGUGGUGAUAGAGAUACAAUAUGAUCCUAUUACAGGACGUACUGCAUCAGAAUAAGUUUUAAAUUAUAUGGUCCAAAAAAAUACUAAUAAAUAAACAAAAAAGUAAUUACAACCUGGAAAAAAGGAUGAAUUAUACAUCCCUUAAAAGACAGAUGGCCUACAGUACAGACCUUCAAAAUGAACUCUAUAUAUAUAUAAUGCAUGCCUUGUAGCACCAUCACAUCCCCCCCUAAAUUACAGAAACAUGACACCCCAAAACCUCAUGCUCCUUCCUCUUUCAACCCCUAAAUUAUCCAUUGGAUGCCCAAUACUAGAUCACUGCUUGGGGGGUGGGAUACCCUGCAAGUCCAUAACAGAAUUAGUAGGGGAGAGUGGUUCUGGGAAGACGCAGCUUUGUCUCCAACUUACGGUACGAGCUCAGCUCCCACCCUCACAUGGCGGACUAGGGGGCUCCUCCGUCUACAUAUUCACAGAAUUCAGCUUCCCAUUUCGUCGAUUGCAACAACUAGGCAACCUUUAUCAUGCAUCAUACCCCAACUUAAUAAGGUUGGAGCCAUUGGAAGACAUAUAUGUUCAUGGUGUUCAUGAUGCUCAAGAACUCAUCCAUGUCCUUGGAGACAUAGAAGCAUUUAUUGCCAUUGAUCACACCCGCCUACCUGUGAAACUCAUUGUCAUUGAUUCCAUUGCUGCAUUGUUCCGAUCACAGUAUCAGACAACACCGGCAGAUUUGAAACGGCGGUCUGAAAUGUUCUUCAACAUAUCUGGGACAUUGAAGGGUUUAGCAAAUAAGUUUGGGUUGGCGUUGGUUGUCACCAACCAAGUGGUGGAUUUUAUUGGGCCACAUGAUGGAGUGAAUGGGGUGAGGUUGGGAAACUUGGAGUCCCUGGACACAUCAGGCAGACGGGUGAGUCCAGCUUUGGGAUUGGCUUGGGCACAUUGCAUAAAUUCAAGAGUGUUCUUGGCAAGACAUGAGCAAUCUAUUGAGGUUGAAAUUCGUAAUGCUCUUUCAACAAGUAUAUGCAGUCAAACACACAGGACAUUUCACCUUGUAUUUGCCCCACAUCUGGCCUAUGCAUCGGCCGAAUUUGUAAUAAAAAAAGAAGGUAUAGUCGGAGUAUCACAGUAA